CGUGCAUCCCAUCCACAUCCGAUGACACCCGAUUUUGAAGGAAGCUGCCAUUGCGGCGCUGUUCAAAUGCGUAUACUCGGCGGGUUCACCGAGGACACCAAGGCAGGUAUUUGCCACUGCAAAGAGUGCCAGAUAUUCGCCGGAAGCUUGUUUGCCUACGCUACCAAGGUCGACCGCCAGCACCUGCAAGUCAUCCAGGGUCAGCCGAAAGCAUACAAGCAGCCACCGAACACGAACCUCUCCGGCAAACAGGUCACCCGCUACUUCUGCGGGGACUGCGGCACUCCGCUGUGGGUCGAAUCCGACGCGACGCCCACCCUCUACGCCGUCAAGCUUGCGCUGUUCGGGAACAACUUCGCUCCAGGGAUCGAGAUAUUCUGGAAGAAUGCGCACGAAUGGGAGAAGCCGAUGGCCUCUUCCGAGAUGGUGUUCGAUACCUUGCCAGCCAUGCGCCCCGCUGCUUGACUGCCUGAUCUCUCAAAAAUUAGAUACCUUUACGGAGCAUAGACCCUAGAGACAAACCGCCACUCACAUAGCAUAUCGUAGUGUGAGAC